UAAAUGGGGUUUUAAGAAGAAGCUUUCUCUACAGUUAGACCCUUCAGUAUAAGAAGUCAUUAAAGGGUGAAUAAAUAUUGAAUAUUACUACCCUAGCUAUUUUAGUGAUUACCUGAAGAAUUUGCCAUCUAAAUUUUCUAUGUUCAAGUAUGGAUCAAAAAUAGUCAACGAAUAAAAACUCAGACUCAUAGGAGACUCCUUUCACUCUAAUUUGGUUUUGGCGUUCGUGAUAAAAAAUUUGGCCGUAAUCAAACUCUCAACACUUUCGCAUGAAUUUUACUAAAUCCAGAAUUCUUCAAAACGAGCAGAUUCGAAUAAUUGUUGCGAGGAAUUGUUCGCUUCAUUCAUUCGCAACUCUGGUAAAAAGCUUUCAGGGUUUCUCCAAAAGACUCUGGAAUCUUCUCAACAAUAAGGGAUCCUUUUAAUGAUAGAAGAACUCAGAAGAUAACACUUUAUUGUUAUAAACAGCAAAUAGAUCAUUUAAGUAAGCUAAUGAAAAUGAGCUCUUGUAUAAAAUACUCUUUAAUUUUUGAUUAGUACUUGACAGAUACAUAAACUGAAGGUUACAACACCAAGCCAUAAAUCUGCACUUGUUAAGAUCUUCGCUUAGCCCCUCUAAAGCUUGGAAUAAACUUUUACAAAUUUAGAGCUUUACAAAGAGUAUAUCUAUCUCAUCUAUGGAGCCAAAGAGGAUUAAGAAUCAAUAAAAUUUAAUAAAAGUGUUAUAAUUUAGGAUCAUGAAUCACUCAUUAGAUUUUAUUAUUUAAGAAGCCUAGCUGAAAUCUUACAUUCACUAUCAUGAAGUCGAGAAUGAACUCUGCAGGUUAGUUUCAAGUAAAUAUGCUGACAAAUCAGACUUCUGUGGUACCAGAAGUCUUUUCUGAAGCUAAAGUUGUCCAUUUCGAACCCUUUGAUAAAAUAAAUGAAAACUUCAUAUUACUACUCUUUUGGACUAGAAUCAGCUCUCUCCAAUAAAUAAUGGCUGAAGCUAUGAAUGCUCGUAACAUAUGCGUAGAUGGAAGGCACGAACUCUCUAGAGCAAGGGAUCUAUGAAAUCAUACGUAUCACAUAUUGGAUCAUACUUCUGAAAGUUAAGUAAUGCAUAAAUAAUUUUGAUUCUUAAAUUUGUUCAAAAAUAUUUGAGUUAGACGCCACUUAA